UUGUGGGAACUACUAAACCAGGUCCAGGGCUCGGUCUUUCUCGCAGCCUUUUCAGCUCACAGCAGAUGAGAACAGAUACGAGAUGAGGAAAUUGUGGCUGGACGGCCAGUGAAGCAGUCUGUUCCCCCUCUCCCACCGCUGUCAGGUGGCUGCAGAGCCUGAGUGCUGCAGAGUGCCCAGUGGGAGAGAGGACCUGGCCUGGCCCCUCUGUCCUAUGGGCACGUUGGGUCAAGCUCUCACCAUCACGAUCCUCCUGCUCCUAACGAGACAUUGGAACCAAGGUUCUGCUGACCAUGUGAUUAGCGUCUCAGGAAAAACUGUCUGGUUACGGCCACCCGCCUCACAGAUAAACAUAUCAAAGUCUGUCACAUGGAAGGUACAGCAGUUUUUCUCAGAUUCAAAACGUGUGAUACUGACUUGGAAGGGUGAUUGCUGUCCGAAGUAUGAAUCCUGGGUUUCAGACCAUUUCAACAAUAGACUCAAUUUUACAAGCAAAGACUUGGCUAUUUCCAUCAAGGCAGCUCAGCAGAAGGACAGCGGUUUCUACUUCCUAGAGAGCACCAAUGUGUCUGGGAAAGUGUGGAAAACUGAGUUCCAGGUUUCUGUAUUUGAUCCUGUUGAAAAUCCCCUCUUGCAGUGGGAUUCGAAGGCUCUGAAUAAUGAGACGUGUGAGCUGAAUCUGUCCUGCUCAGUCUCCAGGAAUGUGAAUGUGAGCUAUAGUUGGUACAGAGGGAGCAAGCUGAUCCAGACGCCAGGAAACCUCACCCACCUGGUGGAGCUGAUUGAUGUCAACGGCUUACACACAUACACCUGCAAUGUCAGCAACCCUGGCAGUUGGGCAAACAACACCCUCAUCCUCACCCAGGCCUGUCUGAGUGCUCACCAGAAUUUCAGAUUUCUUUCCCUUCCGGUGAUCAUCUCCGUGAUUCUGCUAGUCAUACUAUUCCUUGGCACCCUCACCAGCUUCUGUGUGUGGAGGAGGAAAAGGAAGCGGUCACGUGAGAGGGCGGAGGACAGUCUGACAGUUUAUGAAGUUAUCAACAAUCUGCAAAUCAGGAGAAAUCAAGAGCAGGAGCAGGGGCAGGGGCAGGAGCAGGAGCAGAAUUUCCAUGGAGAAGGCAAAACCAUUUACGCCAGGAUCAAGUCCCAGGGCUCUGGUUCCACAUCACAAAAAAUGGAAAAUACAAUAUAUUCAACAGUGGAGCCUUUCCGGAAGUCAGGGUCCAAGAAGAAGAACAACAGCCCUACCUCCAAUUGUACCAUCUAUGAAGAGGUUGGAAAGAGCCAGCUCAGAGCCCAGAACCCUGCUCGGCUGAGCCGCAAGGAGCUGCAGAUCUUAGAUAUUUAUUCCUAAUUGCUGGAGCUGUGCUCAUCUCUCUUCCAUACCAGCAUCUGCUUUGGGAAUAUGCUCAAUGGAUGAUGCCACAUGAGUCUCUACAGAUCAGUUUUUAGUCUGGAGAGGAUAUGGGAGCUUGUUCAUGGUUUCUGUUUUGUUUUGAAAAGGAUUUCUAACAGCCCUUGUAAGAGCAAGGCUGUUAAAUAGCAUCUCCCAAUUUACAGGUGGGGACAAGAAGAGGUGGAGAGAUUGGGUAGUUCACAAAAGGCCCCGGAGCAAGUCCAAGUACUUGUCAUCUAUAAUGUGCUGUGUAUAUGGAGGAUGUUAUUAUUUGCAUCCAGAUUCCCUUCCCCUGGCUUUCUAAUCUAUUACUUGUCUUCCCUCCUUCCUGAGCUGAGAUGACUAUAUGUCUAUACCCUCCCCCUGUCCAGGCCCAUUUUCUAAGGAGGAAAGAUAAUGAUGACUUAGAGGAAGAGGAAUCAGCCCCUUUUGUGAGAUUGGACUAGGUGGUGGAAAGCAGAUUGUCAGGUUCCCCAAGGUGGCCAGGGCCUGGACUUUAAUCAAACACAGAGGAAAAGCUUUUCCCCCACAUAUUACACCUUUACCCCUAGCUAGUUGGUCACAAGGGGGGCUGGGCAGGAGUGAGAGUAGAUGGUGCAAAGCAAGCCCAUCUCUGAGUAGGAACCUCCCUUCCACCCUGUUGCCAACUAAUAACAGGGCAGUGAGGCCAGCUUUGUCUACAGUGUGAUGUUUGAUUUACAAAGACACAUUAUUAGUAUUUUGACAUUGUGAUAAACACCUUUUUUUAAUUGUGCUUUAAGUGAAAAUUUACCAUUCAAGUCAGUUUCUCCUACAAAAACUUAUACACACGUUGUUAUGUGACCCUAGUUGCUCUCCCUAUAAUGUGACAGCACACUCCUCCUCUCCACCCUGUGUUUCCUUUGUCCAUUCAACUAGCUCCUGUCCCCCUCUGCCUUCUCAUCUCGCCUCCAGACAGGAACUGCCUACAUAGUGUCACGUGUCUACUUGAGCUAAGCAGCACACUCCUCACCAGUAUCAUUUUGUGUCUUAUAGUGCAGUCUAAUCUUUGUCUGAAGAGUUGGCUUUGGGAAUGGCUUUAGUUUUGGGCUAACAGAGAGUCUGGGGGCUAAGUCCUCCAGUCUCAGUCAGACCAUUAAGUCUGACUGCAUCCCAAUUUUCUCCUGCUCCAUCAGGGAUUCUCUGUUGUGUUUCCCGUCAGGGCAGUCAUUGGUGGUAGCCAGGUACCAUCUAGUUUUUCCGAUCUCAGGCUGAUGGAGUCUCUGGUUUAUGUGGACCUUUCUGUCUCUUGGGCUCUUAUUUUCCUUGUGUCUUUGGUGUUCUUCAUUCUCCUUUGCUCCAGGUGAGUUGAGACCAAUUGACGCAUCUUAGAUGGCCGCUUGCUAGCCUUUAAGACUCCAGAUGCCAUUCACCAAAGUGGGAUGCAGACUGUUUUCUUAAUAUACUUUGUUGUGCCAGUUGACCUAGAUGUCUCCUGAAACCAUGGUCCCCAAACCCCUGUCCCUGCUACUCUGUCCCUCAAAGCAUUUGGUUGUAUUCAGGAAAAUUCUUAGCCUUUGGUUUAUUCCAGUUGUGUGGACUUCCCCUGUAUUGUCCUUCACCUAACAUGAUUCUUGUCUACCAUUGUCAUGGAUUGAAGUAUGUCCCCCCAAAAAUGUGUGUUAUCAGCUUGGUUAGGCCAUGAUUUCCAGUAUUGUGUGGUUGUCCUCCAUUUUGUGAUUGUAAUUUUAUGUUGAGAGGAUUAGGGUGGGAUUGUAACACCACCCUUACUAAGGUCACUUCCCUGAUCCAAGGUAAAGGGAGUUUCCCUGGGGUGUGGCCUGCACCACCUUUUAUCUCUCAAGAGAUAAAAGGAAAGGGAAGUAAGCAGAGAGUUGGGGACCUCAUACCACCAAGAAAGCAGCACCAGGAGCAGAGCGCGUCCUUUGGACCCGGGGUCCCUGCACCUGAGAAGCCCCUCCACCAGGGCAAGAUUAAGGACAAGGACCUUCCUCCAGAGCUGACAGAGAGACAAAGCCUUCCCCUGAAGCUGACACCCUGAAUUUGGAUUUUUAGCCUAAUUUACUGUGAGAAAAUAAAAUUCUCUUUGUUAAAACCAUCCAUUUGUGGUAUUUCUGUU